UACCCCCUCCUCAUGGCGGCCAGGUCCAGAGUGUGUAGGGGGGCCCCUUACCGCCUCCCAUGCUGUGCCAGGCCCGUAAUCUGUCAGGGGGCCCCUGUACCGCCUCCUAGCGUCCCGGGUCCAGAGUGUGUCAUGGGUCCCUGUACGGCCCCCCAUUGUGCUGCCGGCCCGUAAUCUGCCAGGGGCCCCCCGUACGACUCCUCAUGUGCUGCCACCCCCUAAUCUUCUUUGGCCCCUGUACCGCCCCCCUUGCUGCUCCGGGUCGAGUGUGUCUUUGGGUCCCUGUAGGGCCCUCCAUUCUGCGUCCCCAUCGCCACAUCUCCCAGUGCCCUUUCAGGUUCCCCCACAUGUGGUGGUUCCAUUUUUUCAUAGGGUUCUGUUAUGGCCUCCCAUUGCUGGCUUUGCCUCCACCGCCACACAUGUGGCUCGACACUCUGGUGUUGGCCCCGUUGACCUGCCCAAAUGAUUGAAAGUAUGCAGGUGAUACUAAGAUCGACGUCCUCAAUCUCAUCUGCAUGUCAUACUGACUUGACAGUAUUAUUUCUCUUCCCCAGCAGACUCCAAGGGCAUUUAAAUUAAAGUACAGUGUUCUGCACUAAUUAUAA